AUGGCGCAGAAACCGCUCAGCACGGCCGCGGCGGAGCGCAUGAACCUCGUGGCCCAGGACGAGAUCUGGAAGUGCCGCCUGAAAGCUGAAGCCGAGGCGCGGCAAGACUGGGCCCAGAACUGGGGAUUCUUAACAACCCCCCUCGAGGAGUUGAUCCGGGGUGAAGAAGAACCCCCCACCCCAAAGCCCAGGAUCGAGCUUCCCGAGCGGUUCCGCAUCCGGCCGGUGACACCAGUGGAGAAAUACAUCAAGGUCCUUCCAUCCCCCUCAGUGCCGAAGACGACCCAGGGCUUCAUCGGCUGGAGAUCCGGGGUGCCGGGCCUGAACAAGUGUCUGGAGCACGACUACGAGAUCAGAAGCUGCAAAGGGGCGUAUGCCAGAGAGCUGAGCUGGCCGAAGCAGGGCAUACACUGA